UACUUUUGGCAACAUUUUUUAUGGUACAAAUCAACUACAUUUAAAAUGCACAGGCUAGCACCUGUAUAAGAAAGCUGUAUUCGCUUAGAACGCCCACACCAGCGACGAGUACAUGCCGCUGGUGUUGUCAGUUGCAGUCUGGGUCUUGGGGCACCCCUUGAUGAUAGUCUUCUGGCGAGCUGCGACGGGAAGCUGGUCGGCGUUCAUGAGAGGUAGAGUAUAUAGAGUUGAUGAAAAAAUAGAGGAAGAGAAUGUGGCCUUGUCUUUUUUCCAUGCCCAUCUCUGUGUUCUCUUCAACACCUCCCCUGGCCCAACAGCAGGGUGUGCCGACGUCACAAUGCUGCUGGCCAUGUACAGAUCUACGAGCCUGUUGCCCAAACACCUGAAGCGCUGCUCUACUGUUCAAUCGUCCAAGGCGGCACAUGCAUAUAUUUGCAGCAACCCCUGCCAUUGAGCCUAAGUCGAGCAAGUCCUGAGGCUUCUUUUUCGGGCACGGGGCUGGGAAUAAUGGCGGGCGCUGAGCAGUUUAGAUCUGAGACUUCAUGGAAGGUGGUAGUUGAAAAGCACGAG